GCUAUAAAUCCAAGUUUUCGAUCAGUAGGUGUAUAUCAACCAUCUAUCUCCUUAUAUCUUUGUGUUUGAUGGAAUUUCUGAACCAGUGUUAAUUGUCAAAUUUCGAGUGUUGAAGUUGUAACAAUGGUGGUGUCAAGGACUUUUCUGUGGAUUUCUUUUGUUCUUUUGGUGGUCUCGGACAGUCUAGUUUAUGCCAACGUUAAGAAGCCGGCUGCUGCUGCAGAUGGGGUAGCAUUGGGGGACUUGGUGGAAGGGGAAGAUCCAGUUGUUGAAAAGAGAGACAAGAAGAAACUUGAAGUCGGGGAGGUGACAUAUGAUGGCAGGUCCAUCAUGAUCAACGGAAAACGCGAGAUUUUCUUUUCUGGUUCAAUUCAUUAUCCACGGAGCACAGUGGAUAUGUGGCCUGAUCUUCUCAGGAAGGCAAAACAGGGAGGUUUGAAUGUGAUUCAAACUUAUGUCUUUUGGAACCUUCAUGAGCCUGUGAAAGGCAAGUGGAAUUUCGAGGGAAACGCCGAUUUGGUGAAGUUCAUCAGGCUGAUUCAGGAGAACAAUAUGUAUGUCACCCUCAGGGUAGGGCCAUUCAUCCAAGCCGAAUGGAACCACGGAGGGCUUCCAUAUUGGCUGAGGGAGGAACCGAACAUAGUUUUCCGUUCGGAUAAUCCAACAUACAAGCAACACAUGGAGGCAUUCGUGGCUAAGAUAAUGAAGAUGAUGAAAGAUGAGAAGCUAUUUGCUCCACAGGGAGGUCCAAUCAUCUUAGCUCAGGUUGAAAAUGAGUACACUCAUGUCCAGCGUGCAUAUAGAGAGUUGGGGGACAGUUAUGUGCAGUGGGCAGCAAAAAUGGCACUUGCGCAGAACGUCGGUGUGCCAUGGAUCAUGUGCAAACAGAAGGAUGCUCCUGAUCCAGUCAUUAAUACUUGCAAUGGAAGGCACUGUGGAGACACUUUUCCAGGCCCUAAUAAGCCUCACAAGCCUUCUCUAUGGACUGAGAACUGGACUGCUCAGUACAGAGUAUUUGGUGAUCCUCCUUCACAAAGAUCGGCAGAAGACAUUGCGUUUUCAGUUGCUCGAUUUUUCUCCAAGGAUGGAACCCUAACCAACUACUAUAUGUACCAUGGUGGAACAAACUUUGGAAGAACAAGUUCUAUUUUCACAACAACUCGAUACUAUGAUGAAGCACCUCUUGAUGAAUAUGGUUUGCAAAGGGAGCCGAAAUGGGGUCACCUCAAGGACUUGCACAAGGCUUUGAAUCUAUGCAAGAAGUCUUUGUUAGCAGGAGCUCCUGGAGUCCUCAAGUUGGGCAAAGAAACCGAGGCUCGUUUCUAUGAGAAGCCUGGAACAGACAUAUGUGUUGCUUUCCUGGCAAACAACCACUCAAAACUCGAAACAAGUGUCACUUGGCGUGGGCAGGAUUAUUUCCUGCCACCACAUUCUAUUAGCAUCCUCCCAGACUGCAAGACCGUGGUCUUUAAUUCUCAGCAGAUUGUGUCACAGCAUAAUACGAGGAACUUUGUUCGAUCAAAGGCUGCUAAAAAACUCAACUGGGAAAUGUCUCCAGAACCAAUUCCAACCGUUGUGCAGGUACCAGUGAAUCAAAAGAAACCACAGGAACUUUACCACUUGCUCAAAGAUGCCACAGACUAUGGAUGGUUUACCACUAGCCUUGACCUAGGUCCAUAUGACUUGCCGAUGAAGGAUUCUAUUCGCCCGGUUAUCCGAAUCCCAAGUCUUGGUCACGCAAUGGGCGUAUUCGUCAAUGGUGAAUAUAUCGGAACCGAACACGGAAGCCACGCGGAGAAGGGAUUUGUCUUCGAGAAACCUGUCACAUUCAAGCAAGGGCUCAACUACAUCUCAUUGCUUUGCAUGACAGUGGGACUCCCAGAUAGUGGAGCAUACAUGGAGCACAGAUACGCCGGACCCCGAACCAUAACAGUCCUGGGAUUGAACACAGGAACAAUUGAUCUCUCACAAAAUGGCUGGGGACAUAGGGUUGGCUUGAAUGGCGAAAACUUACAAGUGUUCACUGAGAAGGGAGCGCAGAAAGUCCAAUGGACUAAAGCUGCAGGCAAAGGAAGGGCUCUCACAUGGUACAAGACAUAUUUUGAUGCUCCUGAAGGGAAAGACCCCGUUGCUAUCCGGAUGACUGGAAUGGGAAAGGGAAUGGUUUGGGUGAAUGGUUUAAGCAUCGGGCGGCACUGGAUGUCCUUCCUCUCUCCGCUUGGACAACCUACUCAAGCCGAGUAUACCAUUCCUAGAUCUUUCAUCAAGCCGGGCAAAAAUUUCCUUGUUGUAUUGGAGGAACAGGAUGCUGACCCUAAAGACAUUGAGAUCCUAACGGUCAACAGAGACACAAUCUGUUCCAUGAGUUCACAGAUGCAUCCUCCACACGUUAAUGCAUUCGAAAGAAAGGGAGGCAAGUUCCAAAUUGUCGCAGGCAUCUCUGCCGCAACUGCUCAACUCAAGUGUCCAAACUACAAAAAGAUUGUUGCUGUGGAGUUCGCAAGCUUCGGUACUCCUGAAGGCGUAUGUGGAACUUACGCCAUUGGCAGCUGUGAUGCUCCGGGAACCAAAAAGAUCGUUGAAGAGAAGUGCUUAGGAAAGACUGCAUGUACAGUCCCCAGUGACCCCGGGCUUUUCUUCAAAGUUGAUCCUUGCCCAACUGUCAAGAUCAAGAGACUUGCGAUCCAAGUAUUGUGUUCCCACUAAGGGGUCAGAGAGUUUUGAUAGAAAAGUUUUCUGGGAGAUGUUUGUGCUUAAAUUUGUCCACAUUUCACUUAUUUGGGUCUAAAGCUAAAUUAUGGUAUUGAGAUAUUUUGAGUUGCAUCAGGUAGCACACGUUUUGGGCGGUGCCUUUAUGCCAAACUCUAUCAUUUUAUGUAUACGUUUGCAAUCCAUUUCCAACAAGUGGCUUUUUAGUUCCUUAUGUAAAAGGAUGCAAAGGCAAAAAAAAAAGGACACUCAAAUAACCAAACAAAUCUCUCUCUAGAAAACCAAUGUCGGAAACCUUUUAUUUCAAAGCUUUAUUCAAUAUUGCAAGCUCUUUCAUUUCUUUCAAUUAAAGUCAAAGCCCUCUUUCAAUUCA